UUGCCUUUUGUGAGUUUAUUCAGCUGCAGACAUUAUAUGCACUUGCUUUGGCAGCUGGAACAAAAGCAGAAUAAUGACAAUUAAAAUUCGCUGGCAGUUGUAUUUGUGCUUUGCACGCAGGAUUUGUUGUAGUGCAAAUCUUCGUGGGCUAAUGAAGUUAAAGCAGGGCUUUAGAUAGUAUUCUUUUAAACAAAAGCAGCUUGCCUAAAACUGUCUCUGCUAGUGUUUUCCUUCUAAAACAAUGAGAGCAAAUGCAGGUUUAAAAAUGGAAUAUAAUUUAUGAGGCUCUAGCCUUGGGCAUGAGUCCUUGUGUAACUGGAAUUUAAAGUCUAAAAUGAAUAUUAAUGAGGUGGGGAGGCUUGCAGACCUGUCCUUUAAUACUAAUCCAUUGUGAGUGGAGCAGCUCUAGCAAUGAGCUGAUACUGGCACAGAGACAAGAGGAAUUGACUGCUCUUAGAAAGUGCCUCAUCAGUCAAAGUCUUCACAGGCUCCUGAAUACUUGUCCUGAUCAGAUACAGAAGGGCACCUGAACAUUUCUGGUGUCAGGACCGUGGCUGCUGGAGCUGUGUGCUUUCCCUGGGGACACUCCUGCAUGCUGGCUUUCAGCUCCAGCCCGUUGCAUGGAUGGAAGCGUAAUGGAAGGGUGAGUUACAGGGCAGCUCUGGAGGAGAGCUGGGAACCUUCCGUUUGGUGUUUAGGGCAGAGUCAUGGUCACUUAGACUGGGUGACAUCCGUGUUAGUAGCUCCCUGCCCCUGAUUAUUACUGUCAAAAAGGUUCUAAAAUGCUUAAGUGAUUUCAUAACUCUUAACUGUGUGUAAAAGAAAUGUGCCAAGUGACUGAAGCUUCCCCUCAUUUUCAGGAAGGAAGAUAGUUUGUAUUAACUGUUUUGAUCUAAAUAAUGUUGUUUAGAUUAUGAACUCCCUGAAAAUGGGAUGUUUGUGGGCCAGCCCACCUCCUCCUAAUUCACAGAGGCUGAAGCUGGGAGCUGAGAGAAGUCACCUUAAAAAUGCUGAGCCCCUUCAUUUUGCUCUGUAGUUAGGGCAGGAGUUGGCAAAUCUGUCAGCAGCUGGCUGGGGAAGCCAGUUGUAAUAAACCUCUUUACCUCUUCCCUUGUCUUGGUCUGUGCUCCAAAUGCACUGAUGUGCUGCUAACUUCUCUAGUUUGAGAGAAGAGUUUUGGAGUGUAAGUACAGCAGAUUUGAAGAGUUCCUCUAAAAGCUGAAGUACUAACAUUGAUCCCGAUUUCAUUUGUUGGAUGUUAUGUGCAUGACUUUUGGUAAAGUUGUGCAUUUAUUCUAUGAGUUAAAGGUGUCUUGUGACACAUUCAAAGCCUAUACUCAAAGUGAUCACUUUCCUUGCCUCUAGCUCAAGGGCAAGGCACCAAGAUCUGUAUUUCCUUAUAUGCAAAAUCCAUUAGACUUUAACCAGGUACUAAAGGUAACAUAGUCCUGUGUCCAUUGUCACAGAAAUACAUUUAACUUUGUGGAAAGUGGGCUACUUCCUUGUUGGGGAUUGAAAGUUAUAUAGUUACUACUAAAUUGUUGCCUUUAAUAUUCACAGAAUCACAUAGUCCAGAACGGACAUUGUGAGAUGGGAAAUUAAACUGAGAGAUAGAGAAGCUCCAAAUUAAUUAUUUUUCAGAACCUAAAUGGGGAAAAAGCAGUCAGUGAAACUCAUAAUAAUAAUUAUAUUCUUUAUAUUAAUUAAUUCAAAUACUGCAGGAAGGUGUUGUUUUACACUAUAGUUCUGUAUUUAGAUCUGCUAAUGGAAGGUUGCAGGCUGAGCAUAGCUCAUUCCAGAGUUCUUGCCAAAGUUUCUGAAGGAUUCUCUUUGUCAUGCAAGCUUUCCCCCAUGGCAUGGUGCUUGCAUGCUGUACAUGCCUCUGCUGCCACAUUAAGUAAUAGUGUCUCUUUACUAAAUCUAGAGUAAAUGCAUGGUUAUUUGUGCUAUUGGAAGAAGUCACAAAUACAUAAAAAUACUUCUUUCCCUCCCUUGGGUCUAAGGUCAUUGUUAAGCCCUGCACCUCUUGAGCAGCUCUAAUAUUUGUUCUUUUCUUAGGUCCUGGAAUGGGGGCCUUUAAUUCCCACAAUCAGUGGUAGUAAAAAAGCUGAAGGCUGUGUGGAAGUGCUUGGUGCCCAUGUGGAUGGUCUCCUGUUCCACGGAGAGUGGCUGGGUGGUGUUCCCAGUGCCAGGAAUGCUGCUGGAGGUGCUGCCACAAGGCCAGCAGCAUCCCUGCCCUGUCCAUGUGGAAUGGCUUGGCAGGGGCAGGGCUUUCAGCUCAGAGGGCUGAAAUUCCUGUGCCACUGUAUGCACCAAGCUGGUGUGUCUUAAAAACCUUGGGGCAGUUUUGACCUAGAAUUUAUGGUUUACUCUUGCCCUUUAAAAGGGCAGAAUGGUAAUAGUAGAACCUAAAGCUUUGAAAAUAUUCUAUGAGCUAGGAAAGGUUUAACUCUGUUUUACAGGUGGAAAAGCCAAGGCACAGAGAUUGAAUUGGGGAUUUACAGAGGGGUCUGGCAGCUGAGAUUGGUCUCAUCUCUGGAGGUUUAAGUCCAGCCUCUGAGGCAGCCUUGGGUUGCCCAUGUCCCUUUAGGGUGUUACAUGCUAACAUCUAACACCUUGGUAGAACUAUCUCAGCUCUACGAGCUGUGCUCAAGUCAUCCUGUACCCCAGGCAAGCUCUGUUCCCUUGUUUGUUAAAUAGCCUGAAAACCAUUCCCUGCCAGGCAGUAAAGCAAGCACAGCCAUCUCCCCCCUGGCUUUUGCCCUGCAAGAGUUCCUCACUCACCUGGUUCUGUUUUGUCUGUACUUACCUUGGUUUCAUUUUGUGUUUUAACAGCAUAUUUGUUAUUUUGCUGUACAAACCCAGCUGGAAGCACACCACUUGUUUUUGCUGUGAGAGGAGCAGCCAGCUCUGUACCCACACGUCUGGACCUGACAUCUCUUAGGUCAGAAUGAUAAAGGAUUGUGCCAGAAUAAUGUUCACCCUGGUCAUUGUUGCAGGUUUGCUUAGAGCUGUAAUAAAAAGGGCCAAAGAUAAGUCUGAGGAGAGUGGUGCAAAACCUAAGCAUGUGCUUAGUAACAGAGGAACCCAGACUGAAAGCAAGAAGCCUCUGGAAGAGGCAAAAAUCGUGAAAAAGGUGGAUGAAAUCAAGGGAGCAUGUGAGAAGGUGAACGCUUCCAGUGCUGUAACCAACAAAGCUGACUCCAAACCCCAGCUUAAAGACAGGACAGCACAGCAGCAAGGGCUGGAAGGUGCUGCCAAAACACAGAGCUCGAAGAGCUGCCCACAGCAGAAGGACAUCGAUGGCAGAGCUUCCAAUCAAAACAAUGGGCUUCCCUUGGUGCCUCAGGAUCAUGCAGGCAACCAAAACGCUGCUGCCAAAGCUCAGAACGUGGACAGAGCCCCAGGCCUUGCCGAGAGCCACAGGCAGCUUGUUGAUCAGAAACCUGGGAAGAAGGAAGGGAGACCUGGAGCAGGGAGUGUGGCAGCCCGGGAAGCCGUGCCCUCCACGUCCCGGGCCGUGUCUGACGCGGGCUGUGAGGUGACACACACCAGGUUAUCUAUCAGUGUACAUAUGACUGACAUGAAAGAAAAGAUUGAGAUGGCCAAGGAGGGAAAUGUAAGUGACAGCAGAGGUAAAAGUCUCAAAGUGAAAUCCACACCAGCAGACUUGAAAGGAGUCAAACAGCUGCCUGACAAAUUAAAACUUCAACAGAGUCCUAAAAACAUCAGCUCCAAGCCAAAUGCAGAAGUUAAACGGGACAAUAAGCAAAAUGAACUUGCACCUCAAACAGGGAAGCAACAGCCAUUCCUGAGCAAGCCCAAACCAGGUGAAAAAGCUGAAGAGAAAUCAGAAUUAAAAUGUGAGCCCAUAACCUCACAGAACACCUCUGCAAAGGAGCCUGUGAAAGAUGCAGGGGUAAAAGUGAAAAUCCAUCAAGAAACAGCAAAAGCAGAAAAGCCCCCAACAGUUGCCAAGUGUGAGAGGAGAGAAUGUGAGACUGCAGGGGGAAGCAGACACGAUGCUCAGCAGCCUGCAGGAAAAGCACCAGAGAAGACCAAGUCUCUGGAAGCUGGCAGAGCUCUUCCCACUCGAGGAGAAAUCAUUGAUGACAGCCCCUCUCCUCCAGCCCCUUUCGAGCAUCGCAUCGUGAGCGUCAAGCAAGGAGAGGUGACCCCGAGCUACUCCGUGUGUCGGCACCAGGUGCUGGGGGGGGGGCGUUUUGGGCAAGUCCACAAGUGCACGGAGAUAUCGACGGGGCUCAACCUGGCAGCCAAAAUCAUCAAAGUGAAAGGAGCCAAAGAGAAGGAGGAAGUAAAAAAUGAAAUUAACAUCAUGAACCAGCUAAAUCAUGUGAAUCUCAUCCAGCUUUAUGAUGCUUUUGAAGCCAAAAAUAAUAUCACUUUGAUCAUGGAAUAUCUUGAUGGUGGGGAAUUAUUUGACCGGAUCACAGAUGAAAAUUACCACCUGACAGAGCUGGAUGCCAUCCUGUUCACCAAACAGAUUUGUGAAGGAGUCCAUUACUUGCACCAGCAUUACAUUCUCCACUUAGAUCUGAAGCCUGAAAACAUCCUAUGUGUAAAUCACACAGGAAACCAGAUUAAAAUUAUUGACUUUGGAUUAGCAAGGAGGUACAAACCCUGUGAGAAGCUGAAGGUGAAUUUUGGGACUCCAGAGUUCCUGGCUCCCGAAGUGGUGAACUAUGACUUUGUUUCCUUCCCCACGGACAUGUGGAGUGUGGGGGUCAUCACAUACAUGCUGCUUAGUGGGCUGUCCCCAUUCCUGGGAGAGACUGAUGCAGAGACAAUGAAUUAUGUAGUCAAUUGCAGCUGGGAUUUUGAUGCAGAAGCAUUUGAACAGCUCUCAGAGGACGCCAAAGACUUUAUUUCCAGACUGCUUGUGAAGGAGAAAAGCUGCCGCAUGAGCGCGACGCAGUGUCUGAAGCACGAGUGGCUCAGCAACCUCCCUGCCAAGGCCCAGCAGUGCCAGCUCCGCCUCAAGUCCCAGCUGCUGCUGCAGAGCUACAUGGCCCACAGGAAAUGGAAGAAACACUUUUAUGUGGUGGCUGCUGCUAACAGGCUGAAGAGAUUUCAGAGUAUGUCUGUCAAGCUUGCAUGAGCUUGUGUGAAACCUCCACCACUCCUGGAGAUGGACACGAAGCUGUGGAAGGAGGACUCAGUGUCUUCAAACAUUUCUAUCCCUGUUUUAUAACAUAAGGUUUUGCAUCUGUCUUCCUCAAUUAUUUUGUGUGUUAGUGCUGCGAUCCCAGAAGUGCUUUAAGGAAGAAAUACAAGAUUUCUAAAAGCAGAAGCUACUUCGUUUGUUUUUACAAGAUUUUAGUUGUUCUAUACAGUGGUGGAAAAACGUGGUUGUUACUGGGGCUGACUUCUUGCUGAAGGCUUUGAUUCUGCAGAGUAUUUUUGGUGUGUUUAUAGCAGUAAACCCCUGGCAGUUUUCUAGUCUCUCACACCACACCCGGGAUCUCUAAAGACUUUCUUCCUGACUGACGUGUUACCAGCUUUAGAGAACUGCCACACAGUGGCACAACUUGUCCCUCAGCUGUUUGUUACUUAAAAGAUACAGACAUUGUUUUCUCCUGUAUUUAUUUCCAAAAGGUAAUUUCCCCACAACAUGAAGAUGCUUCAGUGCAACUCCAGCUUGGAUGGUUUUGGUUUGUUGUUUGGAUUUUUUAUUAUUCUACUCUAUCCUUUCAAAAAUAUUCACUGCAUAGUUAGGAACUAUGAGGAACCCUGGUUUGAAGUAACUCAAGUCAGUCCAUUGCUGCUGUUUCUUAGGGCAAAUUGAAUUGAGCUGAACUGAUUGAACUUCUGGAAGGAGAUGUGUGAAACUGCCAUGAAUACAAAUCACCUAAUGACUGUUGGGUCUAUGCAAAAAGAUCUCAUAUUGUAGCGAAAAGAGGAAAGCAGAGAUUUUAUGUUUUUAAAACUUGUAAGUGCUUUUCAUUGUUCAUGACUGCAGCACUUAAAAAACUUGCUAAGUUUUAGUAUGAGGAUUUGUUUCUCCUCUCUGGAAAUUUUAAUGCAGUCUGAGAAGCUGGUAUGGUGUGACAUGCAAAACAGGUUUCAUUUCUAAUAGGUUCAGUGACAGGCAAACAGAGUUGCCUCUGCCUUUGGUCCAGUUAGGAGGUUGAAGCCCUUUUUUCCCCCUCACUUUGCUCUUGAACAUUAAACCUUUUCUUCACAAUACUAACUUAUUUUGGAUUUGAAAUUCUUUUCUUAUGUGUAGAGUGGGAGCCACUUACAAUCUCUCAGAUAAAAGUACAACACUGUUUAUUAAACCUGUGGUUUCCUGUUCUGGAUUCUGAAAAACUCAGUGUGAACUGGAUGGGCUCUUAGGAAAAAUGGAAACUAUUACUAAAAGUAGCUUUCCAGCAGACACCCUGUAAAGCUCCUUUGGACUGUAUGGACUUUCACAUCCCUCGAAUUUGCAGAAGUGUUGGUUGCUAGUGAUGAGUGAUGACUGGCUUACUCUACUCUAGCUAUCUUUUCCUCUCAAGUGCUUCUCACUUUGCAUAGUCCUGACUUCUCCAGCAUUUCCAGAACUGGGACAGAGAAGAAUCUUGAUAAUUUAUCACCUUCUAUGAAGGCCCACUUUUGUUCAUGUUUUCCUUUCACAGUGUUUCUGCAUGCUGAAUUUCAUUGUAUUCAUCAGUCUGUAUAUUUUUGAAUUAAUACUAAUAAAUUUCAUGAAAGAAUAUUAAUCA